AUGAGUUCAAGGCAGGACGAGUUGAAGGCACAACAGCCUGGAGAGGUCGAAAAUGUCGAUGAGAGCCUCUAUCCUGAUCUCAUGGGCCAGUUCCCCAUCUUAGACGCCUACACUCAAUUGUGUUUCGGCUUUGAGCUCCCGCUCGACGUUGAUCGGGAUGCCGUCGUUUCUGCUCUCCGAACCGGAUUCAAUCGGCUGAUCGAACAUAUCCCCUGGCUGGGAUGGCAGAUUGGCCAAAGGUCUGGCGUCCGCACAGCGAUCCCCUGGCCUGAAGACGUGGCUAGGGACCUUUUGUAUGUCAAGUACUGCGAUGAGACUACCCAACCCAUGGCGGAUCUCCUUGGGGCGGGCAUCCCAAUCGGGAAACUAGACGGCAAAGAGCUCACGCCUUGGCCGGCACUUCCACAGCCCCAUGGAAUAGUAGGUCCUGUGCCCGUCCUAGCCCUGCAGGCCAACUUUAUCAAAGGCGGGCUCAUCCUCAACCUCAGCUCACAUCACACUAUGAUGGAUGGCACAGCCAACUUUCAAGUUCUCAAGCUACUUGCCACUGUGCUUGCCGGAGAUGAGAUUCCAGCAGCCGAACUGGAGCAGGCGAACCGGGACCGACGCGGUCUGAUUGAUCUGAUCCCGCGCAGCGAGGCUCUAAAGGACCACUCCUACCUGCGGCGUCCACCUGGUUAUCAGUUUGUGUUUCCUGCUAGCCCGCCGACAUGGUGCUAUUUCAAGAUGCCCUUGACGUCCCUAUCCAAGCUCGCCAAGACCGCCCAGGAUCCGUCCAGACCUGUGACGGAAGACGACAUCCUUCAUGCCUUCUACUGGCAGCGGCUGUGCGCUGUGCGUCUUGCGCGUGGGUUGCCUUUCGAUACGGUAUCCAAGAUCUCCCGCGCCAUAGAUGGGCGUAUGGCGCUCGGCAUACCGGCGUCCUACAUGGGCGCUCAAGUCUACACAGCCAUCACGCGCCUGCCAAUAGGCCAGGUCGCAUCUCUCACCCUGCAGCAGACCGCGCAGGUGUUGCGUCGGGAAUUUUCCCAGGCCAACACAGCCUGGGCUAUUCGUAGCUUAGCCACAAUUAUCGCUCGCGAGCCGGACCGCUCAAUGCUGAUGUACAAUGGUACCCAUAACGGCAACACUGAUAUCGGUGCCACCUCGAGCUUGAACACGAAUCAGACUCUACCACCGUCGUGGGGACACUUGCUGGGUCCAUGUCGCUUCUUCCGCCGCUCGAUAUCGGCACCCAUUCCCGGCGCAUUCGUAGUUCAAUCAGCUGAGGGUGGCGCCAUCCCCAUUCUAGUUUGUCUGCCGCAGGAUGAUUUACAGGCAUUGAAGAAGGACUCGCAAUGGAGGCAGUACACGAGAUGCAUUGGCUGA